AUGAAUUUGGGCUUUAAUUUUGGUCCAAACACACUUUCAAUCUCAACUACUACUACUACUGGUAGUAAAUUUUCACCUUCUUUGAUUUUCACCACUCCAAUCUCUCACCCCCAAACCAAUUCUUCAGGUAGUAAAAGCUUAUUUUUUCGUGUGCAAAACAUUGAUCAUAAUCAUAUUGAGUCAACACCUACUACUCCUUUCAUGGCUUCUCAACAGGGAAUUCAACAAGGAAAUCCAACUGGCCAUCCUGUUGUCUUCCUUCAUGGAGGUCCUGGAGGUGGAACUUCCCCGAGUAAUAGGAGAUUUUUCGAUCCUGAAUUUUACCGAAUCAUACUAUUUGAUCAGCGAGGUGCUGGGAAAAGCACACCCCAUGCCUGCUUAGAGAGUAACACCACAUGGGACCUCAUCGACGAUAUUGAAAAACUAAGAGAACAUUUGGAGAUUCCCGAAUGGCAGGUAUUCGGUGGGUCAUGGGGAAGCACACUUGCCCUUGCAUACAGCCAAUCUCACCCAGACAAGGUUACUGGCAUGGUCCUCAGAGGAAUCUUCCUUUUAAGGAAAAAAGAGAUUGAUUGGUUUUAUGAGGGUGGUGCUGCUGCAAUAUUCCCAGAUGCUUGGGAGCCAUUCAGAGAUCUUAUUCCAGAAAAUGAGAGAGGAUGCUUCAUUGAUGCUUAUAAGAAGAGAUUAAACUCUGAUGAUAUCGAAACUCAGUAUGCAGCCGCUAGAGCAUGGACCAAAUGGGAAAUGAUGACUGCUCAUCUUUUUCCAAAUGAAGAGAAUGUCAAAAGAGGAGAUGAUGACUACUUUUCACUGGCAUUUGCAAGGAUCGAAAACCACUAUUUCAUCAACAAGGGAUUCUUUCCCUCCGAUUCAUUCUUGUUAGAUGGAGUUGAUAAAAUAAGGCACAUCAACACCAUAAUCGUGCAGGGAAGAUACGAUAUGUGCUGCCCUAUUAUGUCAGCCUGGGAUCUUCAUAAAGCUUGGCCAGAGGCAGAUUUUCGGGUGGUAGCGGAUGCAGGACAUUCAGCCAAUGAACCGGGCAUAGCUGCUGAACUUGUGGCAGCAAAUGAGAAAUUGAAGAACAUACUCAAGAAUAAAGGGGACUAA